UGUCUUUGGAUAAUUGGUAUUGAAGUCGGUAGAAUUGCGGUAGAAUUGCGCUUGGAAGGAUUGUUCAAGUCAUUGAAUCAUGAAUGAUCGGGACGGGACUUCGGAGGGGAGUGUCGACUCUGAUGCACUCUCACCACUUCCACCCUUAGUGAUAUGGACCAGCAGAAGGUCAACUGCGUGUCUUCGACCGCCGAACACACCAACUUCUGGUACACCGUAUACAGCUCAUCACCAUAUAUACGCCGUUGGUGGUAAUCAAGUAGCGACCUCAGAAGCCUCUCUUGCCUAUUAUGCAAAUCAGCCUACCUCAUUCAGUCCUUGGAACAUACCAUCAGUUACCACCAAUUUACCGCUAAAUUAUCCACCGCCGGACCUGACAGACCGCGUCAGGGACCAUCGACCAGAGUGCCGAAGGAAGGAAGAUACAAACCCUACUGAGCCUUCAGCAACAGCUGUCGAUAAUCCAUGCUCGAUUCCCAUGACAUCGGCAAUGGACAUUGAACAAAGAUCGCAAGCCAGCGGUAACCAAACUGUGAACUAUCCAAUCUCAGUUUUAGAUCACUACACUGGAUAUGGGCACGUAGAGUAUGACUCGGAAGAAGACAAUUACUCAAGCACGUCUUCUAAAGUAGACCUUCAAAAUAUCGGACAUGUUCAAGUGUGUCACCAAGCGCCUAGCGUGUCUGAGGGUGGAGAACAUCAUGAUCAUCAAAAGCUCAAGAAACAGCAUUCAUCCGAGUCGUGUUCUGAUGAAGACAGUCCAGUUCUAACUGACUUUCCUCAAGAUAUAACGUCGCUCGGCAAGGAAACCGGUGUGUCACUUGAUCGCCAGCAUGAUAUGCGUGAUCGUGCACAUUCAGAAUCUGGAGAAGAGCCUCAUAAAUGUAAGCAUUGCGCUAAAUCAUGUUCUACACAAUCCCGCUUAACAUCUCAUGAACGUGCACACCCAGAAGAGAAACCUUUUAAGUGUGCCGUGUGCGAUACAGCAAUCAAUAGGCGUGAUGUUCAUGUCCGUCAUGGAGGAACUCACUUAGGGAAGAAACACUUUACUUGCAAGUACUGCUCACGAUCUUUCAGUGUGAAAUACAGCCUUACUGUUCAUGAACGUAUCCAUAACGGAGAGAAGCCGUUUAAGUGUGAUCAUUGUGACCAAGGCUUUUCCGACAGUUCCAAUCUGAGAGUUCAUAAACGCACACAUACAGGAGAGAAACCAUUCAAAUGUGAAUUAUGUGGCAAGGCAUUUAGGCAUACUUCAUCCCUCGCAAAACAUCAACGCAUCCAUACUGGAGAGAAACCAUUCAAGUGUAGCGUUUGUGACAAGGCGUUCAGGAGUACAUCACUCCUUACAGAUCAUCAACGCAUGCAUACCGGAGAGAAACCAUUCAAGUGUAAAAUAUGUGGAAAGUCAUUCUCUCGGAAAUCCAAUCUAAAUGCACAUCAAAGAAUCCAUAUUUGAGAGAAAUCGUUCAGCGAUUGUGACACGUCUUUCAAUGGUAAAAAAUUUGAAGGCCAUGCAAAAACUAACAGCAUUAAACAAAAGACUUCUUUUCAAGAUAAAGGAAAAUGUUCUUUAUAGGUCCGUUUCAAAAUGCAAGUAUCCCAAUCUGAACUCCAUGCAAAAGUCACUGCUUACAUGCUGACUUC